AUGUCCAUUCUCGCAAGCCCAAGAGAAGAAGAGGAAGAAGAUGAAGGGGAGGAGGAGGAAGAGGAAGAGGAAGAAGAGGAAGAGGAGGAGGAGGAUGAAGAGGACGAAGAAGAGGAGGAGGAAGAAGAAGAAGAUGAAGAAGAUGAAGAAGGUAAUAUAUACACUGAGCCGGACGAUCAUAUGGAUCCAGGCUGUUGGCAAAAGUUCGUCAAGAAGAAGAAGUAG